GCCUGGGAGAGUCCAGCCAAAGAGCAGGAUUGUGAGCAGGCUGCCGUUUGCAUCUAGAAGGCUGGAAGAAUGGAGGUGGUGAUUGGCCUCAUAUCCCUCAUCCCCGCACUUCCUCACAGAUCUGGAAGGGCAGCCUGCAGCGCAGAUGUACCAAGCUUGAGAGGCAGAAGGAGAUGGUUGCUCUUGGAAUGUACAUCCCCAUGGAGCUGCCCUGAUAUACCUGCACGAGAUGUCAUACGCAGUCUUCCUUUCCUGAGGGAUCACUCUGCAUGCUUAGCACAGAUUAGCUUUUGUGAGGACUGCUCCACAGCUCAGCUUCUUCCAGACCGGACUUGUGGCUCCGUGCCCUGUUUGUGCCAUGAUGCUCUAGUGGAUCAGCCCUGUGUUACCUGCUGCCAAACACAAGGGGAGACUGAAAGACCUGCUGUCUGGCUCCAGACCUUGCAGCCCCAAGGCUUUCAGCUGCUGUGUUCUGGGCACAGCUGGGAGAACUACGAAGCUGAGUACCAGCAUGUGCUCUUGCAUGUCCACAGGGAGCUGCGUGAGCUGGAGGGACUGGGCAUGAGGGAGCAGGUGGAGCAGCAGCUUCAGCAGCGGUUCCUUGAGCGAUGGUUAGUGGCUGAAUGGGAGGGCGGCCUUGCUGCUAACCCUCUAUCCCCAUUCCUCUCUGACUGCUGCCUGGGCACCUUCCACUGUCCUCCCAGCCUGUGCAAAAUAGAAGUCCUGUGUGGUGGUACAAGGCUAAUGGUACCACUUUAUCGUUGUCCUGUUGGCCUUGGUGACGUGAGCAGUAUUCAGUGUUGUCCCCUUGUCCUCUCCCUCCUGAUCACGUUCAGCCCCUUCUAG